CGUUUGUCUGAUUUACUUUAGUUGAUAUUAUUGCCCUGUCAAUAGCCAAAGUAGCUGAAACUUAUUACUUGACGUUGUCAGCCGCAGCAGUUAACAUUGGACGGUAAUAUGUUUAUCAGAGCCACGUCCACUUUACAGGCAGUGCUGCUCUUGCUGUUGUCGUCAUCUCCGUUAUUGUUUGGACAGAGCGCUGCUGCUUCUGCGCCUCGUAGUGCAUUGCCUUUGCGGCCACGUUUCGAUGAGGAUCCGGGUCGCAUUAUCAAUGGCACUUUGGCCACCAUGGAGGCGACUAGACAUCAAGUCUCCCUGAGACGUCGCCUUAACGAUGGCUAUUUCUUUGGCACUGGACACAUUUGUGGCGGCUCACUGAUCAGACCCAAUGUUGUCCUCUCGGCUGCACAUUGCUUUGUUGAUCAAAUUAUUUACGACGGCACCUUUAUAUCCAAAGACGACCUAAUUGUCGUGAUGGGAAACUUGGACCGAUUUAAUCAAACGAACACCCUUGUCUUCGACAUCGUAAGGCUUGUGCUGCAAGUGGAAAAAUUUGACUUGUCCACCUACAAUAACGACAUAGCAUUGAUAUUCCUAAGCGGCUCGGCACCCACAAACCAUCCCACUGUCCGACCCAUUCCGCUGACUGAGGUUGCUCUGGACACAGGCACAGUUUGCCAGGUGACCGGCUGGGGUCUCACUGAAGAGGGCUAUAGUGCCGAUUUCCUAAUGACGGUCGAUGUACCGUUGAUCAGUGGUGAUGACUGCAAGAGCACCAGCGAGUUAGGAGAUUUAGUUGGCCCUGGCAUGGUCUGUGCUGGCUACUUGGAGGGCGAACGCGAUGCGUGCAGCGGGGAUUCGGGUGGCCCCCUCGUUUGCCAGAGCAAGCUGGCUGGUGUGGUCUCUUGGGGUAUUGGCUGUGCGGAACCCUUGCUGCCAGGAGUUUACACCGAGGUCUCCUACUACUUUACGUGGAUAGAGGAGCGCAUAGCAGAGUAUGAGAAUGAACAAGGCAGCGGCAGUGGAGAAGAGGGCAGUGGCGAAGAGGGCAGUGGCGAAGAAGGAAGCGGUGAGGAGGGCAGCGGCGAAGAAGGAAGCGGUGAGGAGGGCAGUGGCAGUGGCAGUGGUGAUGGGGAUGGCGCUAACAACAUUUUUGUCAACUCUUUUAGUAUCGCAUUUCCUAUUGUUGUUUCAAUCACACAUUUUGUGCAAAUAAACUAAGAACAUCUUAUAAACAAAUCAAA